UGUAAAGCUAUAAACAGUACUCCGACAUAUUCUAUUCUUUGACUUGGCAAUUUCCACCUUCAAAAGGCGGGCGGCCAAAUAAUCCCACGCUACUCACGGGUAGCAUGGUAACUUAAACCCUCAAAAAAGAAAAAAAUAUAUAUAUAUUGCUUCCACCGCGAAAACUGGAAUGGAAUAAAUUGGAAGCAAAAACAUGGACGAUUUAAAGAAAAUGUGCUGCCGAAUUUGUCUAAAAGACGCCGAGCCUCCAGUGGACAUUUUUGCCAAGCAGAAACACGAUGAGAGCUUGCCCUACGAGCCGGAAGACAUUCCGGCCAAUCUGAUUAAGGAGUGCACCGGGUUGAAUGUGGAUGAAGGAGACGGCCAUCAUCAGCAUUUAUGCGAGCCAUGCUUUAAGGCGCUGCGGAAUGCGUAUCGAUUCAAGCGUAGGUACAGCCGGACCAUGCAGAGGCAUGCACCAGUGAAGAGAGAACCAACUGACGAGCAGACUUCCAUAAUUCCAAAUGACGCGGCCCAGGAGCAGACUGUAAACGUGAAGAACGAGAUAGAUGUCGAUGCUGUUGAUUCCACUGCGCCGGUUUUUAACGAGGCUGAAAACGACAACGCUGCGGCGGAAUAUUUUGAGAUCAUCGAGACCGACGACUUGGACUUAACAAACAUCAAAAGCGAGGAGGACGGGGACUUGGAGGAGAUGGGCAACACCAUUACCCCCGACACGCCGCUGAUGAAGAGGCCUUUCACCAUCAGGGUAGUAGCGCAGGAGGAGGAUCCAGCGCCAAAUAUUGCCGGACCACCACCGCUCCACUACCAGUGUAUACACUGUCCAAAGACGUUCCCAAAGAAGGUCCAGCUCAUACUCCACAGUCGUUCCCACAAAAAGGAGAAGAGUUCAAACGAGGACGAUCAACCGGCAGAUAUGAAUAACUAGCCCCGAUCGUAAUGAAAGUCCAUCAAGUAAUCUGAAACAAUAGAAUGUAUUUUGUUAGAGCUAGGCGAUCAUUGUUUAAGUUAUUAGGAAGCAUGUUCUGUCCUGUACGGACGAGCGAUAAUGUAUAUUUUGUAUGGGUUAAGAGCAGAAAGUGAAAACCCACAUAUAAUUUAAGUACAAUAUUAUUUCGACAAAAAAAUAACAAGGAAAAACACGAUUUUUUCAAAUAAAUU